GGUUAUUAGCAUCAGCACAAAAAAGAAUAUCAGAAAUCAUGAAGCCACUAGGAGAUCAAGUAAAAUGUAUACAUACAGAUGGCUUUAUUGUAGCUGGAAAAGCAGAACUUAAAACGGGAAUAGAAAUGAGUGAGCUAAAACUCGAGAAAAAAGGAGUUUGUGUAGUAAAAAAUUGUAUAUCAGUUUCAUGGAAACCGUCAUAUCCAGAAAUUCCAAAUUUGAUUACAACUAGUUUAUCAGAUUUUGAGAAAAUACAACAAGAUAAAAAGCAGAAUACAAUAUUAGAUACAGAGUAUCCUGCUUCACAGACAGUAAAAAGGAAACUAUCAAAAAAGUCCGAUAUAAAUCUUCCGAAUGAAAUUAUAAUAGAAAUAUUUCAACAUUUACAAACACAAAAUAAAAGAUUAUGUGGUAAUAAUGAAUUAUUGUUUCCAGUUUUAUAUGUUAACAAACAAUGGAAUGAAUGUACAACAUAUUUAAUAUGGAGAAGUAUUACAUUAUAUAAAUAUAAUAUUAGAAAUUUUGUCGAAUUAAUAAAAAAGAAACCAUUACUGAAUGCGAUAAAAUAUAUAAAACAGAUAGAAUUCAAAAGAAUAGAUAAUUAUUUUAAUACAAAUGAAUUCCUAUUAGAAGACAUUGCAAGUAUAUGCCAAUAUAUGAUAACUAUAUCAUUUAAGGAUUGUGGUUGGGGAUUUCUUAACAAUAGUUCACUAAAGAUAACAUUGGAUACAUGCAAGAAUCUAAACCAUAUUAAUAUAUUUAUCUAUGGAAGUAAUCGAAUAACACCAAAAACUGACUUAAGUAUACCAGAAAAAUGUACAAAAGUUGACUCACGAAAUGAGGAUGAUAUUGCAUCUCAAAUUAUAGAAGAUAUAUUUGACAAAGACUAUUCAAGUUUAAUAAAUGAGCAGGGCUCAGAGUUAACAAUGCAGGAAGCUAUUUCAUGGGAAAUGAUUGAAUCAGCACAAAUUAAAAUAAUAAAAGAAGCCUUUUGUCUUCGAUAUAGAAAAGAUAGUAAGCUUAUUAGUGAAUAUGCUGGAUAUGUAAAAAAUUUGCGUAAUGCAGAAAACCGAGAUGAGUAUAUAAAAUAUACAGCUAUAACACUAUUUCCAAAUGAAGAAGCAUAUAAUAAAAGAAUGUUGAGAUAUAGAAAAUGGUAUCAAGGUAAAAAGGAGCUACUUACCAGUGUAGAAGAUUUAUAUAAUCUUUAUUAUAAGCUAUCCAAAAAAGAUAGGCCUAUGACUGAAACAGAAAUUGAGGAAGCUGUUGAAGAUGUACUUAUAGACGAGUAG